AGAAUUUCUAUUGAGUUUAAAUACAUAUAUCAUGAAAAUAAAAUUAAAUUAAAUGUAACAUAUAUCAAACACAUGAUCAACAUUAAACAACAACAACAACAAAAAAAGUAUCGAUGGCGAUUUUUUAUGGCCUAUCAUCAUCAUCAUCAUCAUCGUCGUCAUUGUGGUGUGAUGUGGAUCCAGACAGCAUGAAAUCCUGAAGCUCUAUUGUUUUAUGUAUAAUAACCCAAUUUAAGUUUGAUUUCAUCUUCGUUUGUCCCCUCUUUUUUUCUUUGUUGAUGAUAAGAUUUUUUUUUAUAAUAUCAAUUAAUCCUGUGUAUUUUAUUUUUUACUAUUUAGAUUUUUCACAGUAUUUAAGUAUGUCUAAUUAGGACGAAUCUGGUCAUAACCGAGUUUCAUCCGUUUUAUGGUGUCACUCUUUCAAUCAUUUUAUAUCUACAGUGCCCGUAUUAUAAUGUUCUUUUGAUUUUAUUUCUUUCAAUUUUAUUUUUGUUUCGCCAUUUUGUUCAUCUAAAUUCUGGUCAUUUUGUUUACAUUUCAUGCCAACGAUUAAUUUCAAUAUUAAAAUAAAUAAUUAUAAUAAGUGGAAGAGAAAAUUUACUUGUAAACGUUCGAAUCAUCGAAUCAACGAAUCAAUUAGAAUAGUUCCGUUUCGAACUAAUUUUGGUGGAGCCUGUCACCCUAUCAUCAUAAUUGAUCAAUGUAUUAUCGGUCGUGUAACUAUUAGAUUUAUAUUCGAUCGUAUUGUUGAUUGGUUAUUAAGUAAACAACGUUUUAAAUAUCAUACACCUUAUCCAAAAAAUUGGAUUAAAUUUAAGAUAUAUGCCAUUAAUCUGAAUUCGAGCAAUGGAUAAAAUUAACAACGAAAUCGGAUCUACAAUACCUGUUGUGAGUAUGGUGGAUGAAAUUAAACCACCACCACAGUCAUCUACUUCAUCAAAGAUCGCCAUACCAUUGGUGAUUAAUGGAAAAGAAUGUUCUAAAAUGGAACAAAAAAAUGGAUCGAAUUCUGUGGAAACCGAUGAAGAACGUCGGUUACGUGAAGAACAAGAAAUAGCCGAACGAAAUGAAUUGUCUAUGAUUCGUAUGCUUGUACGACAUAACCAACAAAUUGGUAUCGUAGGCAAUAUGAACAUUUUUAAACCAUCGGCUGAAGAUGAACGUAAGAAACAAGUGCCUGAUAUCAGUUCUGGAUCAAUAAGUGAUGGUUUAGGUUCGAUAUCGGUUGCCGGAUCUAUUGCCAGUAGUGAUGAAGCAUUUUUUCAUCAAUAUCAACGGGAAGAUCUUCGCCGUACUGUUUCAAUGGUAUCAUGGGGUUCUGGUCCAGCACAAACACAGGUUAUGACUAAACGUUAUAAAUUGAUUACCUCAGCUGUUCUUUGGUUUUGUUACUAUUCGCUUGCAUUGAAUGAUUACAUUUUUGGUCCCACUUUUAAUGAUCUUUCAUUAAUAUUGGGUGUUUCAUUCGAUCGUAUUGCCUAUUUUGUCGUAUAUCGCCAAUUGGCGUAUACGUUUGGAUCAUUGGGCGGUAUCGCUUUUGAUUAUGUGAAUCGGCAGUUAUUUUUGAUCGCUUUGUUGCUUUUAUCUGGUGCAUCGUUGAUGGUCACUCCAUAUGUACCUGAUGUUGGUUGGCUUUUCCUGAUUGCCGUUGUGAAUGGUUUUGCUGCCGGUGCAUGUGAUGUUGGUUUUCAUGUUUGGAUUCUUGAAAUGUUCCAGAAUGGUGGUGGGCCAUUACUUCAAGCAUUACAUUUUUCUUUUGGGCUUGGUAUUGCUAGUGCACCAUUAAUUUCAGCUCAAUUUUUAGACGAAUCAGAAGGAUGUUCUGCUUCAGUCAAUGAUGAAAUUAUUUUGUCUGAUUAUGAAAUUCAACAUCGACGGCAGACUCUUUUCAUACCAUAUUUAAUUACCGGUUUAAUUGUAUCUGCCGGUGGCAUUAUUCUUCUUGGUCUCUACCUAUACAAAAGUUAUAUACCUCCACAAGAACGAAAAUUACCAGCUUCGUUUGAUCAACAAAUGCCUAAGCAGCUUACACGAUCGGAAAAGAUUGAACUUUGGAAGCGUUCAUUGCCAUCCUUUUAUAUUAUUUCGAUUAUCAUUCUUGGCUCUGUCAUGCUUUGGUCUUACUAUGGACUUGAGGUUACCUUUUUUCAAUUUUUGGCUCAAUUUUCAAACGCUGUUCCAUUACCAAUACAUGGUUCGAUGUCGGCCAAUCUGGAAGCAGCAACCGGUUCUGCAUAUGCAAUCGGUGGUCUUUUAGCAAUAUGGGCUUCUUUUCAAAUUCAUCCUGAAAAUAUGAUUUAUUUGAAUUUCAUUCUGAUGAACAUUGGUAACUACAUCCUUUUGAAAUGUUCUGAAACAUCAUUGCCUUGGUUUUGGGUCGGUAAUAUUGUCAUUGGAUUUGGAUUUUCAUCAUGUUAUGCUACUGCAUACACUUUUCUCGAACAUCAGAUUAAUGUAACGAAUGUGAUUGGAUCAAUAUUCUUGUUUGCAGGAGGAGCUGGUACGGCAAUAUUCCCCAUUCUUUUGGCUGAAAUUUGUUCAAAACCAUUGUAUCUGAUAUAUUUGAGUAUUUUCUGCUCGAAUCUAGCAUUACUAUUAUUCGUUGUUAUGCAUUUCAUAACAAAAAUCCGUCAACGACAAGUAAAAUUAAUACAGGAUCGAUUAAUGAAAAAUCCAGCAAUGUUGGUCAAAAUUAAACAACGUACAUUAUCACAAUUGUCUUAUGCACCGCAAUGAGUUAACCGCGUCAUUUUCAGAAAAAAAAUACAAAAACAAAUAUACACAUACAGAUUUUAUAAGCCAUUAAUCUUUAAAAGUUAUAAAUCAAUGAAAAAUUUAUUCCGAUUGUCA